AAAGCAGAGCCCAGCGCGAAAGUAACCCUCCCCCCCUACACAGGAGCGAACCCUCCGGGAUCCGGUGCGCAAGCGUGAGAAAGCACGCGCUGCCCUCUUCCAAGUCCCAGCCCGCGCGACAAUGACGUCACGACCCGCCGGCGCGUAGGAGGUCAAGGGCGGGCCCGAAGAGGCCCGCGCCUCUCUCCUCCAAUCAGCGUAUCACGCGGACGCCUUGGUCCUUCCUAGAUUGCCCGGGAAAGAGCUGCUGCCUUCUAAAAACCCGUUGCGUGCAGACAUGGUCCGACCGAUCAACUGCAUCGCCGCCGUAUCCCAGAACAUGGGCAUAGGAAAGAACGGGAACCUGCCGUGGCCCCCGCUCAGGAAUGAAUUCAGAUACUUCCAGAAGAUGACUACAACUUCUUCAGUAGAAGGUAAACAGAAUCUGUUGAUAAUGGGAAAGAAGACCUGGUUCUCCAUUCCUGAGAAGCAUCGACCUUUGAAAGAUAGGAUUAACUUAGUUCUCAGUAGAGAACUGAAAGAACCUCCUCCUGGAGCUCAUUAUCUUGCCAAAAGUUUGGAUGAUGCAUUAGACCUUCUCGAACUUCCAGAACUAGCAGAUAAAGUGGACAUGAUUUGGGUAGUUGGAGGCAGCUCCGUUUAUAAGGAAGCAAUGGAGAAACCUGGUCAUCAGCGACUAUUUGUGACAAGAAUUUUGCAAGAAUUUGAGUGUGAUACAUUUUUUCCAGAAAUUGAUCUAAAGAAAUAUAAACUUCUCCCAGAAUAUCCAGGUGUUCUUACUGAUGUCCAGGAAGAAGAAGGCAUUCAGUAUAAAUUUGAAGUAUAUGAAAAACAUGAUUAAUCUGAAAAGCUUGAAGACUGCUGUUUCCAAAUAAUUUUUUCACUAAAAAUUAAGUAUGUGUGACAUUAGUCUAAAAACCAUUCAUAGAAAUAUGUUUCUUUUUAUUUUUAAUGUAUCAAUAAAAAUUUAUUAAGCACCUAC